GCCGUGCGGCCCCGCCCCAGCAUCCCGCGCCUGCCGGACUGCGCCCGGCGGAGCCGCCGGGAGAGCGUCAUGGCCGCUUCGGAGCAGCCCCAGGUCGGGGAGCUGCUGGCCAAGGCCCGGAGAGCCUUCCUGGAGGAGUUCGGGGCCGAGCCCGAGCUAGCCGUGUCUGCCCCGGGCCGCGUCAACCUCAUCGGGGAACACACGGACUACAACCGGGGCCUGGUGCUGCCCAUGGCUCUGGAGCUUGUGACGGUGCUGGCGGGCAGCCCCCGCGAGGACGGUCUUGUCUCCCUCCUCACUACCUCUGAGGAUGCUGACGAGCCCCGGCGGCUGCAGUUUCCCCUGCCCACAAGCCAGAGGCCACUGGAGCCUGGGACCCCUCACUGGGCCAACUACGUCAAGGGAGUGAUUCAGCACUACCCAGCUGCCCCCCUCCCUGGCUUCAGCGCAGUGGUGGUCAGCUCCGUGCCCCUGGGGGGUGGGCUCUCCAGCUCGGCGUCCCUGGAAGUGGCCACGUAUACCUUCCUACAGCAGCUCUGCCCAGACUCGGGGACAAUAGCUGCCCGGGCCCAGGUGUGUCAGCAGGCCGAGCACAGCUUCGCAGGGGUGCCCUGUGGCAUCAUGGACCAGUUCAUCGCACUGCUGGGGCAGAGAGGCCAUGCGCUGCUCAUUGACUGCAGGUCCCUGGAGACAAGCCUGGUGCCGCUGUCGGACCCCAAGCUGGCCGUGCUCAUCACCAACUCCAACGUCCGCCACUCAUUGGGCUCCAGCGAGUAUCCCCUGCGGCGGCGCCAGUGUGAAGAGGUGGCCCGGGCGCUGGGCAAGGAGAGCCUUCGAGAAGUACAGCUGGAGGAGCUAGAGGCUGGCCGGGAUCUGAUGAGCAUGGAGGCCUUCCGGCGGGCGCGGCACGUGGUGGGCGAGAUCCAGCGCACGGCCCAGGCGGCGGCGGCCCUGCACCGUGGCGACUACAGAGCCUUCGGCCGCCUCAUGGUGGAGAGUCAUCACUCACUCAGAGACGACUACGAGGUGAGCUGCCCCGAGCUGGAUCAACUGGUGGAGGCUGCGCUCUCCGCGCCCGGGGUUUACGGCAGCCGCAUGACGGGCGGUGGCUUCGGGGGCUGCACGGUGACUCUGCUGGAGGCCUCCGCCGCUCCCCGGGUGAUGCAGCACAUCCAGGAACAGUACCGCGGGACCGCCACCUUCUACCUCUCCCAGGCGGCUGAUGGCGCCAAGGUGCUGCACUUAUGAGGCCCUCGCCGGGACGGCACGCGGCGGGCCUCCCCUCCUGUCUGGGUGCUCAAUAAACUUGUAUCUCUGACUCUGA